CAUGACAAAUUCCAUCUUUCCUCUCCUCAGGUCUCUAAGAACUUCAGUGAGGUGUUCCAGAAGCUGGUUCCAGGGGGCAAGGCCACCCUGGUGAUGAAAAAGGGUGACACGGAGGGGGGUCAGUCCCAGGACGAGGGGGAGGGGGGCACCGACAGCGAGAAGGGCUCAGGCUCUCAGAGCAGUGUGCCCUCUGUAGACCAGUUCACCGGAGUCGGCAUCAGGGUGUCGUUCACGGGGAAGCAGGGGGAGAUGAGGGAGAUGCAGCAGCUCUCUGGAGGUCAGAAGUCCCUGGUGGCCCUGGCCCUCAUCUUCGCCAUCCAGAAGUGUGACCCCGCUCCUUUCUACCUGUUUGAUGAGAUCGACCAGGCCCUGGACGCACAGCACAGAAAGGCUGUCUCGGAUAUGAUUGUAGAGCUGGCGGGCCAUGCCCAGUUUAUCACCACUACGUUCAGACCUGAGCUUCUGGAGUCAGCCGACAAGUUCUACGGAGUCAAGUUCAGAAACAAGGUGAGUCACAUUGACGUGAUCUCUGCAGAGCAGGCGAAAGACUUUGUGGAGGACGACACUACCCAUGGUUAAGAAUAAACAACUCUUCAUCAUCUUCCUCAUCCACCUCCGUAGUGCACUGCCUAACUCUGAGCCUUCAGUCCUCUCCACUCCGACAGAACUCAACCAGAACUCUAUGGGCAGCCAUUAUUGGAAUCUAUUCUCAUUCUAGCGUCAGAACUCCCAGGUCCAUCGUCUAGCGCUCAGUAGCUCCACCACUGUUCCCUCCUCUAUGACAUCGUUAUGACGACAUCCAUCAUCUAGCGCUCAGUAGCUCCACCACUGUUCCCUCCUCUAUGACAUCGUUAUGACGACAUCCAUCAUCUAGCGCUCAGUAGCUCCACCACUGUUCCCUCCUCUAUGACAUCGUUAUGACGACAUCCAUCAUCUAGCGCUCAGUAGCUCCACCACUGUUCCCUCCUCUAUGACAUCGUUAUGACGACAUCCAUCAUCUAGAGCUCAGUAGCUCCACCACUGUUCCCUCCUCUAUGACAUCGUUAUGACGACAUCCAUCAUCUAGAGCUCAGUAGCUCCACCACUGUUCCCUCCUCUAUGACAUCGUUAUGAUGACAUCAUCGUCUUAGCGGCCGAGGAGGGAAAAUACAAGUUCAUUUAGUUUUUUUCUGGACUGUUUUUAUUUUAUUUUUAACAACGUUUUCAAGUGGUCAUGUUGAUGUUUGAGAUGAGGGUUGAAUUUCAGUGCUGGCGCAGCCUUUGACCUCAUUGUAUGUAAUGGAAAAUUGAGAACUUUUCAGAUUCAAAUGCAUGUUAUUUUUUUUAUUUGAAACUGUUGGUCUGUGCUGAUGUUGUGCUGAUGAUUUUUCAUCAUAAAUUGGUUGGUCACUUUGAAUCUCAAACUGUGAGGUAAAGUGAAAGACAGAAAUAAUAACCAGUUUGUCAGAAUAAUCUUCCAUGUUUAAGAUAUGACAUAUUAUUAACUUGUUGUAAUGUCGUUACCAGAAAAAUGGUUUGAAACAUUCAGAUUUUUUUUAAAUUCUUUUUGUUAACGGCGUCUUGGCAUUCCCUGUUGUAGGUCAUUGUCUUGUAACCAGUUAGUUCUACACUGACUGCAGCAUUUGAACUAGUUGUUCUCUCCCUGUUACUCUAUUAGAAAACAAUAAAAAUCGUAUAAGGACA